AUGCGAAAUCUUAUUACCUUGAAUAAGGGUAAAUUUAGACCAGUAGCUUCUACUGUGGAGGAUGAUGAAGAUGGCUUAUCUUUCACUUUGUUGGACUCAUUGUUUGAUACAUUAUCUGAUAGUAUAACGUGUGUACUUGGUUCCACUGAUAUUGGCGCUAUUGAGGUGCAGCAAUUCAUGAAGGAUGGUUCUAGGAAUGUCUUGGCUUCAUUCAAUAUUCAGACCUUCGACGACAAAUUAUUAUCUUUUGUUCAUUUUGCAGAUAUUAACCAGUUGGUAUUUGUCUUUGCACAAGGUGACAUCAUUACAGCCACUUAUGAUCCUAUUAGUUUAGACCCAACCGAAACUUUGAUUGAAAUCGUGGGUACUAUAGACAAUGGGAUAGCAGCCGCGCAGUGGUCCUAUGAUGAAGAAACGCUGGCCAUGGUGACCAAAGAUCGUAACGUGGUAGUUCUAAGUAAACUUUAUGAGCCCAUAUCAGAAUAUCAUUUAGAGGUAGAUGAUCUUAAAAUUUCAAAGCAUGUCACUGUUGGUUGGGGUAAGAAGGAAACUCAAUUUAGAGGUAAGGGUGUACGUGCCAUGGAAAGAGAAGCAUUGGCCAGUUUAAAGGCAUCAGGUUUAGUCGGUAAUCAAUUAAGGGACCCGACCAUGCCCUAUAUGGUAGAUACUGGUGAUGUUACUGCCAUGGACAGCCAUGAAGUCACAAUUUCUUGGAGGGGUGAUUGCGACUAUUUUGCUGUUUCUUGCGUCGACGAAGUACCAGACGAAGAUGACGAAACAAAAUCUAUAGAACGAAGAGCUUUCAGAGUUUUCUCGCGUGAAGGCCAAUUGGAUAGUGCCUCUGAACCUGUAACGGGGAUGGAACACCAGUUAAGUUGGAAACCGCAAGGUUCUCUGAUUGCGUCCAUUCAAAGGAAAACCGACCUUGGUGAGGAGGAUUCAGUGGAUGUGAUUUUCUUCGAACGGAAUGGUUUGAGGCAUGGUGAAUUUGAUACCAGAUUGCCUCUGGAUGAGAAGAUAGAAAGUUUAUGCUGGAAUAGUAAUUCUGAGGCGCUAGCCGUAGUAUUGGCGGAUCGCAUUCAGUUUUGGACGUCUAAGAAUUACCACUGGUAUUUAAAACAAGAAUUGUAUGCUACUGACAUUUCGUACGUCAAAUGGCACCCAGAAAAAGACUUCACUUUGAUGUUUUCUGAUGCUGGAUUUAUCAACAUCGUUGAUUUUGCCUAUAAGAUGACACAGGGUCCGACAUUAGAACCGUUCGAUAACGGUACUUCUCUUGUUGUUGAUGGGACGACAGUGAAUAUUACUCCUCUAGCACUUGCUAAUGCCCCUCCUCCAAUGUACUAUCGUGAUUUUGAAACUCCGGGAAAUGUCUUGGAUGUAGCAUGCAGUUUGUCUAAUGAAAUAUAUGCAGCAAUCAACAAAGAGGCCCUAGUUUUUGCAGCCGUUCCCAGUAUCGAAGAAAUGAAAAAAGGCAAACAUCCUAAUGUAGUCUGUGAAUUCUUCAAGUCUGAGUUCGCAAGUGAAGUUGAUUCUUUAAGACAAGUUGCUUUUAUUAACGAUUCCAUUGUCGGUGUGUUGCUUGACACGGAUAACCUUUCCAGAAUAGCACUUUUGGAUAUCCAAGAUAUUACUCAACCAACUUUGAUAACUAUUGUGGAGGUCUAUGAUAAAAUUGUUUUACUAAGAAGUGACUUUGAUUAUAACCACUUGGUGUAUGAAACCCGUGAUGGUACAGUUUGCCAAUUGGAUGCGGAAGGCCAGUUGAUGGAAAUUACCAAGUUUCCGCAAUUGGUACGUGAUUUCAAAGUAAAGAGAGUCCAUAAUACAUCGCCAGAAGAUGACGGCAACUGGUCUGCGGAGAGUUCCGAGUUAGUUGCAUUUGGUAUCACGAAUAAUGGUAAGUUAUUUGCUAAUCAAGUUUUACUGGCUUCUGCAGUUACUUCCUUAGAGAUUACCGAUUCAUUUCUGUUGUUCACCACAGCACAACACAAUUUACAAUUUGUACAUUUAAAUUCCACCGACUUCAAGGCAUUACCUAUGGUAGAAGAAGGUGUGGAAGAUGAAAGAGUCCGUGCCAUAGAAAGAGGUUCUAUUUUAGUGUCCGUUAUCCCAUCUAAAUCUUCCGUUGUUCUGCAAGCUACACGUGGUAAUCUAGAAACAAUUUAUCCAAGAAUUAUGGUACUGGCCGAAGUCAGGAAGGAUAUUAUGGCAAAACGCUAUAAAGAAGCGUUUGUCGUCUGUCGUACACACAGAAUUAACCUUGAUAUUUUAUAUGACUAUGCGCCAGAGUUAUUUAUUGAAAACUUAGAACUAUUUAUUAACCAAAUUGGAAGAGUCGAUUAUCUCAAUUUAUUUAUUUCCUGUUUGUCAGAAGAUGACGUUACAAAGACAAAAUACAAGGAAACCCUUUAUUCAGGUAUCUCGAAGUCAUUUGGAAUGGAACCAGCACCACUGACUGAAAUGCAAAUUUAUAUGAAAAAGAAAAUGUUUGAUCCUAAAACCUCUAAGGUCAACAAAAUAUGUGAUGCUGUGCUAAAUGUUUUACUAAGCAAUCCUGAAUACAAAAAGAAAUACCUGCAAACGAUCAUUACUGCAUAUGCAUCUCAAAACCCUCAAAAUUUAUCGGCUGCAUUAAAACUAAUCAGUGAAUUAGAAAGUUCGGAAGAGAAAGACUUUUGUGUAACUUACUUGUGUUUCUUGCAAGAUGUCAAUGUGGUUUAUAAGUCUGCAUUAUCUUUGUAUGAUGUCAGCUUAGGAUUACUAGUUGCUCAAAAAUCUCAAAUGGAUCCUCGUGAAUAUUUGCCAUUUUUACAAGAAUUACAAGAUAAUGAGCCUUUACGCCGUAAGUUUUUGAUCGAUGACUACUUAGGAAACUAUGAAAAGGCUUUGGAGCAUCUGUCCGAAAUUGACAAAGAUGGUAAUGUUUCAGAAGAAGUCAUAGACUACGUUGAAUCUCAUGAUUUGUAUAAACACGGUCUAGCACUUUACCGUUAUGAUUCUAGGAAGCAGAAUGUUAUUUACAACAUUUACGCAAAGUGUUUGUCGUCAAAUCAAAUGUAUAUGGAUGCGGCAGUGGCGUACGAAAUGUUAGGAAAGUUCAAAGAAGCAAUGGGGGCGUACCAAUCAGGUAAGAAGUGGCGUGAGGCCAUUUCCAUUGCUGUUCAGAAAUUCCCAGAAGAAAUUGAGUCAGUCGCAGAAGAUUUGAUAUCUUCUUUGACUUUUGAGCAUAGAUAUGUUGAUGCUGCUGAUAUUCAACUGGGAUAUUUGGACAAUGUUAAAGAAGCUGUAGCUUUGUACUGCAAAGCCUAUAGGUACGAUACUGCUUCUCUCGUGGCGAUAAAAGCAAAGAAAGGUGAGCUUUUGGAAGAAGUUGUCGAUCCUGGUUUAGGCGAAGGUUUUGGUAUAAUUGCUGAAUUGCUUGCCGAUUGUAAGGGCCAGAUUAACUCUCAGUUGAGAAGAUUGAGAGAGCUACGCGCGAAAAAGGAGGAGAACCCAUACGCCUUUUAUGGCCAGGAAACUGAGCAAGCAGAUGACGUUUCUGUUGCUCCUUCGGAGACGUCAACACAAGUAUCAUUCUUUACAAGAUACACAGGCAAAACAGGGGGGACUGCGAAGACUGGUGCCUCCAGACGUACAGCUAAAAACAAGCGCAGAGAAGAGCGUAAGCGUGCUCGUGGUAAAAAGGGAACUAUCUAUGAAGAAGAAUAUUUGGUUCAAUCAGUUGGAAGAUUGAUUGAGAGAUUAAACCAAACAAAACCAGACGCUGUGAGAGUUGUUGAGGGCCUUUGUAGACGAAAUAUGAGAGAGCAAGCUCACCAAAUUCAAAAGAACUUCGUUGAAGUACUUGAUUUGUUGAAGGCUAACAUUAAGGAAAUCUAUUCUAUUAGCGAAAAGGACAGAGAAAGGGUUAAUGAAAACGGAGAAGUAUACUAUAUCCCAGAAAUACCUGUUCCUGAGAUUCAUGAUUUCCCAAAGAGUCAUAUUGUUGAUUUUUGA